UGCCAGGGGACAUCAGAUAGUUCAGCGAGUAAAUAAAACCAUGUAAUUUUGCAUGUGUGCGACCGGUCACCGUUUCCGCGAUCCGAUCUAGCCAACAAACACCAUGCCGUCCUAUCUCAUCACCGGCGCCAGUCGAGGGCUCGGCUACGCCUGGCUCAAGCACCUCUCCUCCAACGCGCAAAACACAGUAAUCGGCCUGGUCCGCGAUGAAGCCACAGCUGAAAGCCGUCUCGCAACAGAUCGACGGACCAAUGUCUACCAUGUCUGCGCCGACAUCACCGACCCCAAAGCGCUAGCAACAGCAGCCGGGCAGGUGCGCGACAUCACCGGCGGGGGCUUGGAUGUGCUGAUCAACAACGCCGCCAUUUUGACCCCCACCAGUGCCUUCAAACCGAUCACAGACCUGUCGCCCGAGGUUCUGGAGCGAGACAUCUUGCAUUCAUGCCGCACCAAUGUUGUAGGCGUGGCCCACACCGUCAACGCAUUCUUACCGUUGAUUCGAAGGGGACGAGCCAAAAAAGUGAUCACCAUCUCGUCCCUGCUGGCAGACCCGGACCUCGUUACACACUUCGCGCUGGACAAUGCGACGCCGUACGCGAUCUCCAAGUCGGCAGCCAACCUCCUCAUGGCCAAAUAUCAUGCAUCGCUCGGAGCGACGGAAGGGAUCCUGUUCAUGGCACUCAGUCCUGGCGCCGUAUCUAAGCCAGACGCGGCGCCGCCGACUGAGGGCGAAGCGGAGGGAAGACGGAGGAUGGUCGCCAAGCUCAAAGCGUACGCGCCGCAUUUCUCGGGCCCGAUGACGAUGGAGAAGAGUGUGCGCCGGCAGCUGGAGGUAAUCGAGAACGCAACUGUGGGAACUCAUGGAGGAGCUUUUGUCAGUCACUUAGGGAAUAAACAAUGGUUGUGAGGGAUCACCAACGGAAGAUCACUGCACCUUUGAGCUAGAGAGACAGACAUGUGUCGUCCCCUCAGGGCAGCGGGGCUCGAUGGCGGAAAUCUGUGUCCUUGACCAGUGAUCUAGCACGCCUUUGGCGCGUAGCACUCGCGGAUACAAGACAUUGAGGAUUGUUGUGGUCGAGCCCCGUGAUUCGUAUGUGUACUCCCAUAAACAACUGGAUCAGUAUGGAACCGACAGUCUUCCACCAAUAUA